AUGAAAGUAGAAAUCGUUACUAUACUGAUUUUAGAUAUUCUCGUUAUCAGUGGAAUAACAGCAGAAAAUGUUAUUGAAUACAAAUCACAUACAGCUGAAAACCUGCAAAUCAAUCGCACCUAUGAAUUAUUAUUGUGGAAAGCUAACAAAACUGAAGAAUCGUUCAAAAUCAAAUGGAAACAAAGAAAUUCAAUUAAAAUGUGUAUAUCUGUUUCGUAUUUACUAGAAGAUGAGUCAAAGUGUACGUUUUCAAUGGACGUAACUGAUGACAAUAGUUUUGAAAAACAAGUCAUAUAUUCUAACAAUAUACAAGAAUCGAAAACUUUAAAAACGGUGUUUUUCAAAAGUAGUACCUGGUUAUAUGAAAACCAAACAUACAGUUUAAAUUUUAAACUCGAAAGAAAAUCAUCAAUAGUAGAAACGUACAAUAGAUACUACGAAAUUGAUUUUGAAACACURUACUUGGAAGGUUGUAAGAUUGGAAUCAAACGAAUAGCACAAUGCACAGAUGAGUAUGAAUGUACGAGUGGUACGUAUGGCGUAAAUUGCGAGCAACAAUGUUCAGAGAGGUGUAUAUCGAAAUCGUGUGAUGUUUACACUGGUGUUUGCGACAAAGGAUGUACGGCAAAUUAUAUUGCUCCAGAUUGCAAAGAAAAAUAUCCGUGGCUCAAGUCACCGCCAGAACUGGAAUCCUCCGAUUUUAAUUCAUUAAAAUUGAAAAUUAAUUUUAAUUCAGAAAACAUAGAAGGCAGUAGUAAUGUCAACUCUUUCUAUUACCAAAUCAUACUUAAGGMCUCUUCAAACGAAUCUGAAUUUCAAUACUUGGAACUAAAAGAACUCGGAAAACAGAAAUCCGUAAUAGAAAUCAUAGACGACCUUGAAUCGGGAAUUUCGUACUCUUUCGGUGUGAUACUAGUAUCAGAAGACGGAAAUUACAAUAUAGAGGAUAUCAAAAUAGCCAAUUMCUCAACUAAAUGCCUAAUUCCAAGAAAUAUUGAUUAUGAUGUCAAAUUAUUGAGUGGAACAGACUACAUCAAUGUUACUUGGUACAAGAUUAACAAUCAAAACGAAAAGGACUGUAAAAUAACUGAAUACCUGUUAAAACUGAUGUACACCGAUACACAGCAAAAAAGUUAUUCAGAAGAAGUAAAAUCUAAUAAUAAUAAUGGACAUAUUUUUGAAAAUCUACUAUCUGGUGAAAAAUAUGCAGUUCAAGUAACAGCAAUAUGGGCUACGGGUCAAGCUACACCAUCACAAAUAUCAUAUAUUUACACUGAACUAUAUGAAAUAAAAAACAUAAAAGCCAAACUAAAUCAGAGUUCAUCACUGUUAAUAACGUGGGAUAUUGACGAAAAAUAUGUAAAAAGGUCGUUGAAUUAUACAAUUAAAUACAAGGUUAUUAAACAUUUUAGCUGUUCAAACGAAGUCCUUACUAACAACUGGACAUCGCUGUUAGUUUACAAUCAGACAAGAUGCGAAAUUAUAGAUUUGACUCCGAAUACACAGUAUGUUAUAAAAGUUGACCCCAUAAUUGAAGGCUAUACUUACAACGACUACACUAAUACAGUUUUUGUAAAAACACCUAUCUCUAAUCCAAAAUUAACACCUGUAAUUAACGAUGCAAAUGGUUCGUUUGUCACCAAUCAAAGCGCAUACUUYAAUUGGACGAUAAACAAGACUGAGUGUACUAAAUUAAAUGGUUUCUUUCGAGGAUAUCAGGUCAUACUUAAAGACAUUACCGAUGGCACGCAAAUAAAAAUCUCAACUAAACAAAACACGGUGAACUACGACGGAUUAAAACCCGACACCAAAUACGAACUGCAAUUAUACGUACUGACGAAUUAUGGAUACAACUCCGAACAAGGAUUGUUGAUACCGUUCAAAACCAAAACUAAAUUUUUAGAACCAGUGGAUGAAUUAAUAGUUUACAAGAAAAACUUGAAACGCAAAUCAAUUGGAAUCAGAUGGAGUUUCYCUGAYGAAAACAUCWUCAACGGUUUUAUCAUCAGCGCAAUCGACGAGAAUAUGAAUAACACAAAGCAAAUUACUAUAGAACCCCAAAGAUGCAUUGCUUGGCCAAAACUAUACUGCACUACCUUUGAAAGCCUUAUACCAAACCACCAAUACACAAUAAAAAUAAAGGCCAAGUCGGUAGACUUUCCUACAGGUGGUUUGACGGCAUCAGUCGUCACCAAUUUCACUGAAGGAUUUGCUGAUAAACCAGAAAAUCUCAGGACAACAUACGUUGGCUCUACAAACAUUUCACUGGAAUGGGACAUUCCAUUGGUAUUCAACGGUGUACUAAAAUCGUUCAUAGUAAGCACCGAAGAGAUUUCAUCUAAAGACAUCGAUAAAUGCUGCGUCACCAAACCCGAUAUASAGAUUCUGAUARCAAAAGAACUCCCAUCUUAUAAUUGCACGAUAAACGACUUGAUGCCCGGUUCCACUUAUUCGAUCGGUGUUUUAUCGAAGACUUCAUCAUAUGGUCAAACUAAUAGGAUACACGUGACGACUCUAWCCACUCCCGUGGUCAUUGAAAGUGUUGAAAACCAUCUGAAUAUAACACUUACGACGCAGAUGCCAGACGAACAUAAAAAUUAAUUUCUGCAAUUGACAUAGUGAAGCUGUAUGAACGUAGAACAUCAUUGCACGUUAAAAUUAAGUUUCGGUAAUUUGUAUUAUUAUUAUUUUAUAUUCAUUGUGUUUUAUUAUCGUUCACUUGAAAGCAACUUGAAAUAAAACAUAUAUUGUGUUACCUUUCAUACUUAUAAAUGUUAUUAUUUUUAUGUAA